AUGCGACGAGACCUCCGCCGGGACGAAGCGGGGACGAAGGCGGUGCGUGCGUGCGCUCACUCGGGCGGGCGAAGCAACGACAGCGACGGCGACGGGGACAGGGCGGGGGUGCGGGGCAGGGACCACCGGUCAGUUGACAACCCCGAUCCAGAUGCGCUGCCACGUGCCCGCGGGCGCAACGCAGUCGUGACGCCCACUCGGGCCACACGCUGCCCCCCCCACGUCCUCCGCCGUGCCACGCCCCGCGCAUCGUCCCACCAUCCCCCCUAUCCCGUCUGUUCCUGGACCCAGCAGGCACCUACCUGCCUUGCGCCCAUCCCGCCGUCCCGCGAAGCACCCACCCUGGGCCCGUCAUAUGACCCCGCACGACACCCCACCCACCCACACAAAGCCAUCCCACAACCCUCGCUCGCUCGCGCGCCUCAUCACGCCAUCAUACAUCACGCACCUCUCCCACCCCACAUCCAUCACCCUCCAUUCCCAUCAUAUCCCCGUCCCCAAUUAGCACCCACUCGGAAGAGCGCGUCGCUGCACCGGAGCGCCACCACGCUGUGUCUCGCAGUGCUCGCAGCCGCGGGUCCGGAGCACGCCAGCGCGACGCACGAUCGCCUUCCGAUCUGGACCAGCCACUGCAGAUCUCACGCACCCGCUUACCCAUCCCCCGUAAAUUUACUCCAACCCUAA